AAGAAAAAAAAAAGAAAAACCAACUCCAGCUCCGUCACAUUCCUGACCCACCCGUUUUCUUUCUCCCCUCGUAGAUCCACCCAAAUCCAUGAUUCUAAUUCCUCCGAUCUCUGAAAUCUGAAUCGGACCCAACCUAACCCAAAUUUCCACCACACAGUAACACGCAUUCACGAAUGAAGCAGCAGCAAUAAGCCACAGAUUAUGAUAUCGGGUUGCAAUUGAAUCUCUCUCCCAAGUCCCAAUCCGCAAACCCUAAUUUUACCCGGAUUAUCCGAUCGGACUCUACUACAAUCCGAACACUGCAACCUCCUCCUUCUCACCCCCCGCAUUUUCCUGCAUUACCUGCCUAUUCAAUGGAAAUAUCAAAUGAUUCAGGCAUAAAGAAACCGAAAAGGCUGACAUCUGUUGUGUGGAAUCACUUUGAAAGGGUUAGGAAGGCUGAUGUCUGCUAUGCUGUUUGUGUGCAUUGUAACAAGAAACUCAGUGGAUCAAGUAACAGUGGAACAACUCAUUUGAGGAACCACUUGAUUCGAUGUCUGAAAAGGUCCAACUUCGAUGUCUCUCAGCUACUUGCAGCAAAGAGAAGGAAAAAAGAUACUGCUGUUAGUGUUGCAAAUCUUAGUUAUGAUGAAGGUCAGGCGAAAGAAGAAUACAUAAAGCCAACAAUCAUUAAGUUUGAACCGGAACACAAGAAAGAUGAAAUCAUCAACUUUGGUGGUCGAAAAUUUGAUCAGGAGAAGAGUCGACUUGAUCUUGCCCACAUGAUUAUAUUACAUGGAUACCCAUUGAACAUGGUGGAACAUGUAGGAUUCAAGGUCUUUGUGAAGAACCUUCAGCCACUCUUUGAGUUUAUGCCAAAUAGUGGUAUAGAGGUUUCUUGUAUGGAAAUCUACAUGAAGGAGAAACAGAAAGUGUAUAACAUGAUAAACAAAUCACAUGGCAGGAUUAAUCUUUCGAUUGAAAUGUGGUCAUCAGUAGAAAGUUGUUCUUAUUUGUGCAUAGCUGCACACUAUAUUGAUGAGGGAUGGAUGUUACAAAAGAAGAUCCUGAACUUUGUCACGCUUGAUCCUUCUCAUACUGAAGACCUGCUUCCAGAAGUGAUCAUUAAAUGUCUAAAUGAAUGGGAUAUUGAUUGUAAGCUGUUUGCCUUAACACUGGAUGACUUUUCCAUUGAUGGUGACAUUACACUUAGAAUCAAACAGCAAAUUUCUGAGAAGAGGUCUUUCAUAAACACUCGUCAACUACUUGACAUACGCUCAGCAGGACAUCUCCUAAGUUCCAUGGUUCAAGAUGCCACAGAGGCACUGCAUGAAGUGAUUGAAAAGAUUCGGGACAGCAUCAGAUAUAUUAGAAGUUCGCAAGUAGUACAAGGAAAGUUUAAUGAAAUUGCUCAACAAGCUGGCAUUAACUCUCAGAAGGCCCUGUUUCUGGAUUUUCCAGCUCAGUGGAAAUCAACAUAUCUCAUGCUUGAAACAGCAGUAGAAUACAAGACCGUUUUUGCUCUCUUCCAAGAGCAAGAUUCCUCCUAUUCAUCCGCAAUUAGCGAUGAAGAAUGGGAAUGGGCUACUUCAGUUACUGGAUAUUUGAAACUUAUAGUUGAAAUUACUAAUGUCUUUUCAGGCAACCGGUCUCCUACUGCAAACAUAUAUUUCCCUGAAAUUUGUGACAUCCAUAUCCAAUUAAUUGACUGGUGCAGAAGUUCAGAUAAUUUUAUUAGUUCUCUGGCAAUGAAGAUGAAAGGCAGGUUUGAUAAGUACUGGGGCAAGUGCAGCACAGCUUUAGCAGUAGCAGCUAUAUUAGACCCGCGCUUUAAAAUGAAGCUGGUGGAAUACUACUACUCACAAAUAUAUGGGAGCACUGCUUUGGAUCGGAUCAAAGAAGUUUCUGGUGUAAUCAAAGAACUUUUUAAUGCAUACUCUAUCUGUUCAACUAUGGUUGAUCAAGGCUCAACCUUGCCUGGCAUUAGCUUACCUAGUUCAAGUUAUGAUGCUAGGGAUAGACUCAAAGGGUUUGACAAAUUCCUUCAUGAGACAUCACAGAGUCAGAGCAUGGCAUCUGACUUAGACAAGUAUUUGGAGGAACCAAUUUUCCCUCGUAAUUCUGAUUUUAACAUAUUGAACUGGUGGAGAGUCCACAUGCCAAGGUACCCGAUUCUAUCGAUGAUGGCACGUGAUAUUCUGGGGACUCCAAUGUCAACAAUGGCACCAGAAUUGGCAUUUGGCAUCGGCGGAAGAGUUCUAGACCCUGCUCGCGCUGCAUUGAAUCCUGAUACACGACAGGCUCUAAUAUGCACACACGAUUGGCUCCAAAAUGAAUCAGGAGAUUUAAAUCAAUCCUCAAGCCAUUUUGCUCUACCUCUUCUCAUUGAUUCAAAUUAGCUUUUUCCAUGCCAGCUUUACUUGAUGAGAUAAGAGGUCUGUGUACUCGCAAAAGAUAUAAAUACAUUGUUGAAGAUCUGGAGUGGCAUGAUUUUAACUGUCAUUUGAUCUCUACAGAGCCAUCUGCCUCCACAACAGUUAAAAUUAGGAGUUAGAUUGGGAUGUUUUGUUUAGUUUAUAGGUUGGAUUUCAAAGUAAUAUUCCCCAAAAAAAGUUGGAAGAUAAUGAUCCAAUAUUAAAUAAGAAUAGACCUCGGCCAUGGUAAAUUAUGAGAACGGCGGUGUUAAAAAAGUAUCUCAUGUUACUUGUAAGAAACAAAAAGUUACUAAUCAUUCAAAGAGAUUUUUUCCCCUUGGUAUUCAG